AUGGAAGCACAAAAGAGUUCGGUGUCGGUGGUGGGGGGAAGAGGCAGGCUGCCGAACCCAGUCAUCAUGGAAGAGGUCCAGAGUCCUGCUGCGGCACAAGCCAUCGGCAAGGGAGAAGAAGCUUUGAAGGACGUCCUGUGUGGAUCGACAGCUGGAGUUGUCGGAAAGUACAUCGAGUACCCCUUCGAUACCAUCAAGGUCCGGCUGCAGUCACAGCCCGAUCAGGUGCCACUCCGCUACACCGGGCCAUUAGACUGCUUCAAGAAGUCUCUACAACACGAUGGCUUCACUGGCAUAUACAGAGGAAUUAGUGCACCUCUGGUUGGAGCUGCUGUAGAGACCAGCACCUUGUUCUUCAGUUAUCGUCUAGCUGGCGAUGCACUCAAGUCUUCAGGAUUCUAUCCAGAGUUGAACAAACAUCCGGACCGGGACCUACCCUAUUCCGGUAUGCUCUUUUGCGGAAUGAUCGCUGGUGCCAUCACAUCGCUUUUCCUUACACCCAUUGAACUUGUCAAAUGCAAGAUGCAAGUCCCUCUAGAAGCGCACGGCAACAUCGUAGCCGCACCAACCAUACGCGGUGUCAUUGCUUCUAUCUACCGUCACCAGGGCCUUACUGGCUACUGGCACGGACAAUUUGGAACCUUGAUCCGCGAGACAGGAGGCGGUGCAGCAUGGUUUGGUGGGUACGAAGGCAUGAAGAUCCUCUUCAAGGGCUCUAGUACUUCGGCCACGGAGGAAGAUCUUCCAGUCUGGCAGCGCAUGGCCUCUGGUUCCGUCGCAGGUGGAGCCUAUAACUUCAUGUUCUAUCCUGCCGAUACCAUCAAGUCGAGAAUGCAGACGGAAGAUGUCAAGCAGUUGACUGGUGGAAAGUCGACAUUCAGCGCUGUAGGAAAAGCGCUUUGGAAGCAGCACGGUAUCAAAGGCAUGUACCGUGGAUGCGGCAUCACAGUCGCAAGAUCUAUACCCAGUUCUGCAUUCAUAUUUACCGUAUACGAGGAGUUGAAGAAGCGAUGGCCUACCCGACAGGCACAGAUUCCACGGUUGUAUGAGGUAGCGACAAACGUCAUCGCAACGCGCGCGCUGGACCGAGGCUUAUCUUCGCCGAACGCAAGCAAUCACAACACAGUCCAUAGCACAUACAGAGGAACACCAUGGACAAGCUACACGCCCUCGAAGUACGCUGCGCUUGAGAAGAUCGUGUUGGAUCCCAAGUACCACGACAUCCUUACACUGGUAAAAGGCGUAAGGAAUGGCAUCGUAUAUGGAAGUAAAGUGCGAUUCCCGCAUGCGCUUGUGAUGAUCUUUCUCUUCAGAUCUGGGAGUUUCCGGUCAAAAUGUUCACUCGUCUACAAAGCGACCCGCCAACAUGCGCGUAACCUCGGCCUCUUCGCCCUCGUCUACAAAUCCACCAUGCUCUUCCUUCGACAUACUUCCCCAACCGGCAAAGAAAGGCACUACGAUUCCUUCCUUGCCGGUCUAUUGGGCGGCUACACAGUCUUCGGUCGCACAAUCCACAACUCCGUGUCUCAGCAAAUCGUCAUCUACGUAGCCGCACGCGUAUGUUUAGCAUUAGCAAAGUUAGCAGUACAACCGCGACAUGUUGGUGGCGGAGCUAGUGGACAAGGAGUAAAGGGAGGUGGUGGUGGGUGGGAGCUUUUUGGUAAUGGAGAGAUGAGGAAGAAGAUGGCGAAGAAUGGAUGGCCAGUUUUUGCCAGUUUGAGUUGGGCCAUGGUCAUGUAUAUCUUCAGGUGGCAUCCUGAGAGUGUGCAAAGUAGUUUGAGGAGUAGUAUGAGUUAUAUUUAUGUACAAUCGGACGACUGGGAUUCGUUGCGAACGUUGCUUUGGCAUAACAAAUAA